CACAGGCAGUCCAAUCACAGUGAACCGGUGCUGAGCUGACCGGAGGAGGGUUGUGAUUUUCGACACUGUGCUCUCUUGCAUUUUAAAUCCCCCAGUCUGUACAAAAGAGCUAACAAGAGGUGGAGGAGGAGGUGGAGGAGGAGAGGGAAGGGCAGCCUCUCUCAACACAGCCGCGUAUUCCACUCAGUUGUAAGCAGGAGGGGAGGAGGAUGCAGGCUUAAAGAGGAGGAAAAGAAAGCAGCACCCUUUCAGACACCUGCUGAGAGCUGCUAGAGGCCUUCCUUGUCUUUGGCCUUUUUAUGCUCCUUGCUUUGAUGCUUUCGUCAUCCUCUCUCAUUUCCUCUUGCCCCUGACCUGUUAUUUGCUGGGACGUGUUUUUCGAACAAAAGCACCUUUUUUUCCCCCUUGUGGUGUUGGUUUUGCAUCAGCUGAGUCAUCAUGUCUGAUCUGACGCCUCAGAGCGAAACCCCCACUCCCAACAACGACAAGAUCACCCAGGCCGCCCGAGAGACCAUUUAUCUGUGCAACUUUCGCGUGUCUGUGGACGGCGAGUGGCUCUGCCUUCGAGAGCUCAACGACAUCUCUCUGACGCCAGAUCCAGAGCCGGCCCAUGAAGAUCCCAAGGAUCCCAUUGCGAUUGAAAGGCUUAACCUGAUGAACAUGGCCAAACUGAGCAUCAAGGGCCUGAUCGAGUCUGCUCUGAACCUCGGACGCACGCUGGACUCCGACUAUGCGCCUCUUCAGCAGUUCUUUGUGGUCAUGGAGCACUGUCUGAAACAUGGCUUGAAAACCAAGAAGACCUUCCUGGGGCAGAACAAGUCGUUCUGGGGGGCGUUGGAGCUGGUGGAGAAGUUGACCCCCGAGGCAGGAGAAAUCACUGCCAGUGUAAAAGACCUGCCUGGCCUCAAGACUCCUCUAGGACGUGGGCGUGCCUGGUUGCGAUUGGCCUUGAUGCAGAAGAAACUCUCUGACUACAUGAAGACCAUCAUCAACAGAAAGGACCUGCUCAGUGAAUUUUAUGAAGCGAAUGCCUUGAUGAUGGAGGAGGAAGGAGCUGUCAUCGCUGGGCUGCUCGUUGGACUAAAUGUCAUUGAUGCUAAUCUGUGUAUGAAGGGAGAGGACCUGGACUCUCAGGUCGGGGUGAUUGAUUUUUCAAUGUACCUCAAAGAUGGAGGACACAGUAGUAAGAGUGCAGAAGGUGACGGUCAGAUCACAGCGAUUCUCGACCAGAAGAAUUAUGUGGAGGAGCUGAACAGACAUUUAAGCGCAUCAGUAAAUAACCUCCAGGCCAAGGUGGACGCUCUGGAGAAGUCUAACACGAAGCUAACCGAAGAGCUCGCCGUGGCAAAUAACAGGAUCAUCACUUUACAAGAAGACGUGGAGAAAGUGAAGGAGGAGAGCUCAUAUCAGCUGGAGUCCAGGAAGGCAUCAAGAAGCGACUCGGCCCCAGACGGACAGGUGCUGGGUGAAACACGCAAGCAGCUCAAAGAGGAAACGUUGCUUCGAUUGGAUGUGGAGAAGGAGCUGGAGGUGCAGAUCGGGAUGAAGCAGGAGAUGGAGCUGUCCAUGAAGAUGCUGGAGAAAGACGUGUGUGAGAAGCAGGACGCGCUGAUGGAGCUGAGACAGCAGCUGGAGGACCUCCGGGUCAUCAACCAGCAGCUGAGCCACAAGUCUCAGAGUGCAGACGCCGGCUCUAAACAGAAGAGUGAAGCCAUCUCUCGCCUGGAGGAGAAGAUAAACCAGAUUUCAGGCACUGUCAAACAGAUGGAGACCAGAUACAAACAGGCUGAGAGAGAGAGGGCUCUGGCUGUAGAGGCCAACCGGCUCUUCAAACAGGAGUUUGGGGACAAAAUCGAGAGUCUGCAGGUAGAGGUGGAGCUGCUGAGGAAGCACAGGGGUUAUCUGGAGGUGGAGCUGAGGAAAGAGCGGGAGUGGCGGAGCGAGCAUCACCAUGGCGACGCUGCGUCCGCACAGCCUGCUGCUCCUCGGAGGGAGAGGAGACUCCCAGAGAACAUACCAAAGCGUCCCUCAGAAGCUCUGUCAGCCAAAAGGGAGAGCGAGCAGUCAGGAGCAGAGGACAAGAGCAGUCUGAGCUCCAGCCUGUCCUCAAGGUCACACCAUGAGGAUGAGCAGGAAGAGUCCUUCGGGGAGAUCAGUCCGCCGUGCAUCUGUAUGAUGUGUGAACAGGAGGACUCCCUCCUGAAGACAAAGAAGCAGUGUAAGAACUGCGGCGGGGUUUUCUGUGAGAGCUGUGUGUCCAACGAGCUGCCGUUACCUUCCUCCAUCCUCCCAGAGACUGUGUGUACCUCCUGCUUCUCUCUGUUGCUCCAACAAUACGCUUCAACACCAACCUGAAACAACUCCGCAUUUUACUACAGGACACCAUGAUCGGACACAUGGAAACCGAGGCAUUCAAUACGAAGCUGGCACUGCAAAAAUGCACUUUUUGACUUUGUGUCCUGAAACAUUAUGAAAAAUCUGAUGGCGUUCCGAAGGAGGUCUGAACUCUAAUGUCCAAACAUGUGCCAAUUAGAGCUGUUUUUUUGGAGGCAGGUUUUUAGUCUUUCAGAUACUGUUGUUAUCUGUUAUUCUUCCUCCAGGAAAACCUGCACUCAAAAAGCUGUCAAAUGGCACCUGGAUUGAAAUGUAUAGAAAAAGUCAACUUGAAUCAUCUCAUCUCGUGCAUGAAAACUGACUCUGCACAAUGUCCACUAAGUGGAUGAUUGAUUAAGAAGGUCAACUGUUAUAUUUAUAUUAAAAGUAAUUAGGUUUUAAAAUACAGGACUUUUUUGUUGCUUUAGUCACAACUGUUCUCCACCGCUCUAAAUCAUAUACAGAUCAGUAAAAGAUCCAGUGGAUUAGAUGAAGCAUGAAGUUUCACACUUUUGACCAAAUACUUUAUGAAACAUUGUAUUUAAAAUGUGUCUAUUUGGAGAAAGCUUUAUUAUCCACUCUAAAAUUGUAUUUAAAGAAAUUCUAAUAAUACAUGCGUCAAGUCUAAUGAGUAAUUGUAAGGCUAGAAAAAAUACAAAUAUUUAAGAUGUAGGCUACUGUAUCACAAUGGCAAAUUUCUAGUCUGUGCCGUGUUUCUUAUCACAAUAUCAUUAUGUGAUGGAGACUUCACACUGCUGUUCAGACUGUAGAGUGGAGUAUGCUGUUUGACAUUUUGGGCAGUGUGCUGAUUCUGUCUUGCAAUGAGUUAAUGACAAAAUCGUUACAACUACAUUCAAUAUAUGAAGCUACAGUCAGCAGCAGGUUAGCUUAGCACAAAGACUAUAAUUGGUAUAUAUUUUUUGUUUUAUAGUACCAAAAAAAGUGUAAAAAUGAUGGUAUGGGGGACUCUUUUUUUUCCUGGCCACAAUAAAUUCCUUUAGUGUUGAAUGUGUUUGUGACUUUUAGAAUUACUGGAAGGCAAACCUUUGGACUGAGUCAGAUAGUCUUUAUGCUCGGCUAAGCUAACAUGCUAGUGGCUGUAGCUUCUUCAGGCAUAAUCGUAUUUCCCAUGAUGCCACACUAAGUUUACAAAGCUGAAUAUUCUUGGUAAAAUAUGUAUUUACUAUUGUGUUCAGUAUUAGGAGUGGCAUUAACACGUUUUCUUAAAGACCCUGGUUUUUCUCAAACAGUUCUGCAGUUGAGGUUGUUUUCUGGAUAAUGUACCUUUCUUUUCUGGACAUCUAAACAUAUUACGGCACUUUUAAAAGCAUGGCUCUGGCUGUACUGAAUAGGGCUUAUAGCUGCAACAGCUUUUUUAUGUUUUGAUUUAUAUGAAGAAAAAUUAGAAGCUCAGUAAAACGGCUUAUUGUUCUUGUUGAAGCUCUUUAAACCAUGAGAUGGAAAUGCGUGUUAGAUGAUCAACAAUAAACUUUUAUUAAAUGUUA